AUGUCAGAGCAGUCAGGGGCGGUGACCUCGGAGGGGGAUGAAGAGGCGGCUCGGGUCGAGGACGCUGGAGGAGAGGAGUGGACGACCGUGCUGCUGUUGGACCACAUGCGCUCCAGGGGGCGCUAUGUCAAGAUGCUGGAGCGCUGGACCGAGCAGCUGCACCUCACCACGAGACUACUAUCAGGCCGUUGGAUUCUGGUCCUCCUACGGGGAGCCAGGAGGGACAUUAAGGAAUUCUGCCAUCUUUUGAAGACCGUGAAGGUGGACGUCGAUUCAUCGGGCAAGAAGUGCAAAGAGAGGAUGAUGAAGGUGCUCUGUGAAAGACCCUUUACUUUCUCCUCUUCUUCAAAACAUGGGCUUGCAUCCCAGGGGUCUGGUACAAAACGUUCCGGUGAAUCAUGUUUUCUAGAGAAGGAGUACCAGUCGACGUUGGAGCUUACGGAGGCCUUCCAGGAGGCCGGCAUGGCGGAAAUGUACCAGCAGAUACUGCCGUUACCAACCCUCUGACCAUUUAACGGACAAACUGACAAACUAUACACCAGGAGUCACAUGUGGCGGUCUCAAGCUCACCGAUUGGUCAAGAGACCAAUCAAUCAGAUAUGGAAGUGUGCGAAGCUGUUGUUUCUAUCAGUUCCCUCAGUUAACUUGAAAUGUAUUAAUAUGGAUGAUAUUAAGUCAUAUAGCAAUAAUGUUGUUCUCAACUGUAGGGCAGAUGCGUUGUCGACUGAUGAAUGGGAAAAUAAAACUUGUCUAUCAAGGGAAUAAUAACUAGAUAAUAAUAACUUAAUAAUUGAGUGUUACUGUCGACCGGAUGCAGACGAAAGAGGAAACUGUUGAAUAUCUUUUAUUGUAAUUUAAGCAUAACAUAUCUUCAACACAGGUAACACUUGGAACAUUUGAUGACAUGUCUAAGGCAAAAUGGUCCAUGCGAGAUUUCAUCAGUCUACAUCUGAUCUCAGACCUGUUCUCAGGUAUACAGAAGGGGCUUUUGUAUCGUGGUUGGAGGCAAGAGCAGUUCUGUUUUCAUUCAUCAGUUAUUCAAUAAUUCAAUGGUUGUCUUCCCCUUUGGAAGCCUCGCCAAAGUCCUGUACAAGAUCUGCAAUAUGUAAAACAAGGAGAUGGAUGUUAAACAUGACAUUGCAAAGAAUUUUUAUUACAAAAAGUCCUUUGAGCGUGAUAAUGUUGAUUUUGUUAAAGUGAUGCUUAGAAUCUAUAUUAUAGGUAAUAUUAAAGUACAGUUCGAAGUGUUCAAUUUCGAGGUCAAGUAAUGUGUUGGCCUACCUGGAACAUUUUCAUAUUCGUCAUACACCUGCUGGCGUGCUUGUGUGUCAAGUGCUGCUGCUGCAAAAACAGAAUUGACACAAUCAGUGCAAUAAAAUUGCCAAAAUCGAAUUGA